UCCAGAAGAACAAACAUGGCUGACUCGGGAAACGCCAAAACAAAAGUCCUCCCCACAGACAAAAUAUGUCAAACACAAACUUUACCGAGUAAAAACGAAGCUAACGGUUCUAAUAAAAUACGUAGAAGUGUGGUGGUACACGACUGUCGCUUUGAAAACCAAGAAGUAAAGCAGAUAGUCCUGGACACCAGUGGCUUGGACUUCAACGACUUCCUACAAGUUGUGUCAAAGACAUUUCACAUUCCUUCCAACGAAACCUUUGUCUUGACCUGUACUGACAGAAAAGGAAUAGACUUCGACCAAUAUGAGGAGCUUCAAGAAGGAUCAUCUCUCUACCUCUUACGAAAUGAGGACCAGGUCCUGCCCCAAGCAACUUUGGAACGCAUUAUAUUUCUACCUCACUAUGAUACACUCAUCCGGAGUGGCAUGUAUGAGUACUAUGCUAGCGAGGGGCAGAAGUCUUUACCGUAUGCGUUUGCAGAACUUAUUGACAACGCAUUGUCUGCAACUUCAAGCAACACAGGAAUGAGAACAAUAGACAUCCGAUUGCUUUUUGAUGAGUCCAUGGGGAAGCCCGCGGUGGUCAUAAUGGACAAUGGCUGUGGGAUGACUUCCAAGCAGCUAAAUAGCUGGGCAGUCUACCGGCUUUCCAAAUUCACCAAGGGAAAAAGCACAUUCUCAAAUGAUUACACCCAGUAUGUUCGGCCUGAUCCAGUCCCUCGCAGUCUCAACAGUGAUAUAUCAUUUUUUGGAGUAGGAGGGAAACAAGCCGUGUUCUACAUUGGACAGUCAACCAGGAUGAUCACCAAACCAGCAUGCUCGCCAGAUGUUCAUGAACUUGUCAUUUCAAAAGAAGAGUUUGAGAGGAAGGAGCAGAAUAAGGAGGACAUCUACACUGGUUUCAUAAGAAACCGCAAGACUGGAGACUCAACCCACGUGACCGAAGAGGAUGAACGCUUCCUCCACGGAAUCAUCCAGGAGGAGGCAGGAAAACCAAGCUUCACGGUCGUGGUAGUGACGGGGGUCCAGUUGGAACACAUCACUUUCCUAAAGCAGGAUUUCCACCUGUGGACCAGAGAGCUGGCCCAUUUGUAUCACUAUUACAUUCACGGCCUGAAUGGUAAUGACAUGAGAGCCUCCUACCGAAACUCAGAUUGCGUCUCCAACAUUGACAUUCAGAUCUCUCUGCUGGAGAAGUUCCCCAAGAUGCCUCGCAUGGUGAACCUCAGAGAGAUCGACAACGACAUGCAGACACUCUACAUCAAUGCUUCGGCCGACUCCUUCGAGUUCAAGGCUUACGUUGACACUGAGGGAACAGUGGAAGGGAUCCUUAGGUACCACCCUUUCCUGUACGACAAGGAAACGUAUCCCGAAGACCCCUUUGCCACACCAGCUGUGGAGGAAGAGGAGGAUGACUGCGCUGUCCAUAACCACACCAGGGCAAAGAGGCCCAUAUUCGAGUGCUUCUGGAACGGCCGACUCAUCCCGUACACAACCGUAUCGGAGUUUGACUGGUGUGCUCUGCCCAAGAAGGCUGGCGCGGUUCCGGCAGAGUGCUACAGCAGAAUUUCAGGGGUACUGUUCACCAACGACCGGUUUCAAGUCAGCACCAACAAGCUCACCUUCAUGGACCUGGAGCUCCAACUGAAGAGCAAGGACACCUUGUUUACCCGCAUCUUAAACGGCCAGGAGCAGAGAGUUAAAAUCCAUAAGGAGUUUCUCCAGUGGCUGAAGACAUGCCACGAGAAAUGGGACAAGCAAGUGAAGUUUAAGGGCUUCAAGGGCACCAUCACACGAAUGGACGUGGCCACCAAGAAGAUGCAGUUUCCCUGGGCCACCUUCUCCUCGAUCGAGUGGGACGGUAAAACCUACAAAGCUGGCCAAUAUGUGAAGUCUCAGAAAACAGUUCCCAUCUUUUUCGGCUCCAUUGUUAAGUUCCUGCUCUAUGGGGACCACGAUAGCGACGUCUAUGCCACUGGGGGACAGGUGCAGAUUGCCAUGGAACCAAAGGCGCUGCAUGACGAAGUCAAGACAAUACCCAUCUCCAAAAUCGAUAGGGUGGUCUCCAAUGCAGCAAUUAAGAAGGGCAUCGACGAUGAACUAGCCAAACUUCCAGAGAAGCUGAAAGUGUCCUGGCCGGAGGGCAAUCCCUGGACUGAGAAUGAUGUCCGACCUGCAGGCACUCCCCUAGGCCCUCUCCAUGUGGAAAUUCUCAACAGAAAAGGAGAGUCGAUAUCCAGGAUACCAUCUGCCAAUCAAAACGGACGGAAAGCACUUUCAGUCGAACUAAAAAUUAUUUGGCACUCUCCUAAUGGAGAUGUGGAAACCAACUUUUACAUUGCAGCACAUGCGUCAAAGUGGGCCUUCUGGUUCAGAACCAUGGAGAACCUAAUCAAGCUGGGGAAGUACACCCUCUACCUAAACACCAUACUCAAUGAGAGCAACACCACUGUCUGGGCUGGGAACCAGCUUCCCAACUUCAAACUAGACUUCACCAUUACUGAGGGCAGUGCAGCAAGCUUUGUGGUGGGAACUGUAAACAUGCCCCUGCAUGUGGGGGUGCCUUUCAACAUCCCACUUCAGCUGCAGGAUGAAUACGGUCACCCAGCCCCACCCCCCCCUAACCUCAAGCCCAUCCUGGAGUGCACGUCACUGAAAGUGAGUUACGAGGGGGCAGACGCUAACGGGACCAUACUGCUCAUGCGAGGCGUCAGUGCCAAGGGGACGGUUCACAACUACCAGAGCAAGACACACAAUCUGAAUGUGGUCCUGCCUGGCCUCCAACCAGACUCACAGACUCUGAAAAUCAGCCUUCUCCCUGGUAAUCCAGAUUCGCUCAAAGUCACACAGGAGGAUCCAAUCAUUGUGGAGAAUGGAUCCUCUGCUAGCUUUGAUGUGGAGGUCCAUGAUAUAGCAGGAAACCUCACAGCUCACCCCAAGCUGAUCGUCCGCUGCCAGUUUCAAGUGAUUCCUGGUUUGUCCUCUGUGGUAGCCGUAGACUGCAGUAACACCGGAGCCGGGACACUGGUGCUAAAACCAAUAACUAUCAAAAACAUAAUAGGGGAACAGAUGGUCAAAGCCACGUUUGACAUUCCAAACCAGGCGAAUGUAACCCCAGUCCUGCGGGAUUUGAGAGUUGUCCCCAGCACCCGUGUGUCCCGCCUGGAGGUGUGCUGUGAGGAGGGUGAGGUGUCUGAUGUCAUGGUGCUUAAGGACCGGGAGAAGAUCAGUUGGAUAGUUGGGGACCUCCUGGAGAACCUGUACUAUAAACUGUAUGAUGAGGCGGGCAGAGAGGUCCCCCUCUCUAAGGAGAUGGCCCAGAUGAUAAAGGUCAACUGGACGGCUGAUGUCAAUGUGGAGGAGCUGGCUCGGGGGAAGUUGCCCAACGUGUCGGUCCCAACGCUGGUGAACGAAGAGCACUUUUACCAGAUCUCCUAUAAGGAUCAGCUGGUAUCUGUUGACACAUCCUUCAUCAUCGUGCCCCGCCCUGAUGAACCAAAAAACCUGAAGGCCAAGCUGACUGAGACGACUGUGAGAAUGGGAGAGGUCCUACAAGGAGACAUCUACUUAGAGCUUACGGACCAGUAUGGGAAUCAAACUCCGAUGCUAAACCCUUCCUGUAUGGACUCAUGCCCUCUCACCGUGGAUGCCGACGGUCUCGACAAAGAAUCCUUUUCUUACACCUGUCAGGAGAACAACCUCUCAAUGUUGGUGACGGGGCUGCGGUUCAAGCCUUGCCUCCCAGGCGUCAAAGAGCUCUUGUUUAAAUGGAGAGACUUUGAGGAGCACGUGACCAUCAAAGUGACAGCCGGAGUCCCUGCAAAGCUCGUUCUGGUGGAUGGACCACAGCAGCCUCUACAGGUGCUGAACGAGCAGGGCAUUGAGACGCCCUUCGUCCUCCAAUUGGUUGAUGCGUGGGGAAACCCCUCCCCUGACCAGAGAGUGGUGGUGACACUGCGGCCAUCCAGUCCAGUCCUGAAGGUGAAGUCAUCGCUUACUUCGCAACCGGUGGAUAAAGACGGAAAAGCCAGUUUUAGGGUGGACCAUGUGAAGGGGCCAAAGGGAGAGUAUGCGGUGGCGUUCAGAGGGACCUUCACCAAGAACCCCAUCCACGGUCCGUCUGUGAAGCUUAUGAUUCUGCCCGAUCCCAACAAGCCAGUCAAACUGGUUGUUGAAUACGACACUCACUCAGUGUUUCCUGCCGGAGGCACCCUCCCAGUGUUUUCCGUAUCAGUGGUGUCUGAGGAGGGCAGUACCAUAAAGAACCUCAAUCCUGCCAACAUAUCCAUGCUGAUGUGGAAGGGAGAGUCAUCGGGGCCACGACCCCCACAAGGGGCUGCACAGCUGAAAUGCAGCAAACCCAUGGCAGAUGAAAAGAUGGACAGUUUUUACUUCAGAGACAAAGUAAUCCCAGACCAUGUGGGAAAGUACACCAUCCAAUUUGUGAUGUGCAUGGACAAAACCAAAGGGCUUUGGAGUCACCAGUAUGUCAUAAAUGUAGUGGCCAAUGACCCUGUCAAAUUGGCACCUGACUCGCCACCGCCAACCCCGGUGGUCACCAACAACAAUGCCAUCGCCAGCCGGACUCUGGUGCAAGACAUGUCUCUGAAAAUAAUGGAUGUGUACAAUAACCCUGCAGGGUUAAAGCUGAGUGGACGGGUGGUGGUGACCAUCAAGACUUCUAUAGGCUCAAGUGAGAAAGACCAACCUCUUUUUGAGGGUAAAUCCAAGAGUGUGCAGUUCCACCUGGCUAAUGGAGAGUCCCACAUCACUAAUCUGUCCAUAAUGGAGAACAGUCCUGGACAGGAUGCGAAGGAGUACGUCCUCCACUUCAGACCUUCGAUAUCAGGGUUCAGCCGUGAUAAGUCCCUGGAAGCAUUUGAGCUCCCAUUCCACUUUUACAACGAUGUGCAAAACACGAAGCUGAUGUCUGAACUGACCAGGAAGAAAGACCAGCUCAACCAGACCAUUAACAUCUACAAGAGUCUGUUCGAAACCAACAGACAACUCAUCACAGAGCUCAGUAAUCAGGUACAAGACGCCACUAACAAGGAGAGCCGUCUGAAAUCGGAGCUGAGGAGGAAUAGUAUAAAUAUAUCCCAGUUGUCAUCUAUCCCAGCGGUUGAAGCCCUCAUCAGCCAGAAGACCGCUGAAAUGGACUCAAUUAAGCUCCAGACGCGGAGGGUCUGUUCUAUGCCUGAUCCGUUUAAAGGCACACCAGACGUGUUAGGGAAGAUUGGCCACCUGGCACUGGUGGAAGACGACGACGUGGCCAAGGUCAUCUCCUGGCACCUCCUGGGGGACAUGGACUGUGUGGUUACCACGACAACGGAGGCUGCACGGAAAGUCUAUGACCAUACCCAGGGCAAACAGCAGGUCAUGCCCCUGGACACUGUGUUCUGGAGAAACAAUAGCAACAGGCCGUUGCCCCACAUACGAAAUGGUCAAGCCAGCUUUCAUCCCAUUGGGAACCCUGUGUUUGCCCGAGAACUCCUUAUUUUCCCAGAGAAUGCAGAGAGCUGCCAGAUGGUUUUUGGAAACCUCCUGGGAGACACCAUACUGACAAAUGACCUGGACUCAGCCAACCACUACAGGAAGGGGGUGGUCCAGAGCAAGAUGCCGUGCCCCACACUCCUGACCCGGCAGGGAGAUAGAAUACGCAGCAAUGGGAAGUUUGGGGGCCUGCAGAACAAAGCCCCUCCGAUAGAGAAACUGCGUGGCCAGGUGUUCGGCGCACCACUUCCAAAGCAAUAUGACACACUGAUGGGCCAGAUCGACCUGCUUAAGCAGUACCAACAGACCUUGCAGAACAGCAUUCAAGUGAAGGAGGACUUGGACACCCACAUGCAAUAUCUAAAUUCACCUGAGAUGGUAAAGAAAGAAGAGGAGAUGGAAGGACAGAGGAAGCAGCUAAAGGAGAUUGAGACAAAGCUUGCCAGUACUCCAGUCCGGACACCUACCGCUGGAAUGAAACGUAAUCUCGAAGACGUUGGAGGAUCAUCCGGUUUGGUAACCAAAAGAAUAAGGCAGAAAAUAUUUAAAAAGUAACAUUUAAUGUUUUUGUUUUGUAUCCCAUUUGUCUAUUUUCAAUUGCAUUUAAUAUUUACAAUGUGUGUUGUACCAAAAAUGUUUUAAAAGGCCUGUUGGUUGAAUUUUCAACAAUGUUUUGCCUUCAUCCUUACUGAAAUAAUGUGUCAUCCUUGAACAAGGCUUUCUUCCGUGUUCUGCUGACUAGCAAAGGUCACCUCUCAAUGACAUCUAUGUCAUUAUUUUUUCAUUCACUUUUUGACGUAAUGUGUUCUCCCCAUUUGAAGGUGAGACUCGUGAGGCAUCUGCCUGUCAAUUAUAUGUUCUCAUGGAACUAAUGAGAAUACGUUUAUGUGCUUAUUCAUUUUGUUUUGAGCAGAUAGUAUGCACUAUACUAUAAUUUACACAACUACCAAUGAAAACAUAUAUUUUUUUCAAUUUAAAGGCCUUCCAUAAACAUUAAGUGGAAAUAAAAACAUUUAAAAUGAA